AUGUCUGAUACCCCAAAGAAAAAGGAGCCCACGGCCUCCGAGGCCAUGUUCUUCUUCGCCAUCGUCAAACACACCCGCAACAAGGCCGACAUCGACUGGAGCGCCGUGGCGACGGAGCAGGGGUUCAAAAACGCCGAUGUCGCCAAGGUCCGCUUCGGCCAGGUCAAGCGCAAGCUGGGCAUCACCACUAACACCGACACUCCUGCUACUUCCUCCCGUACGCCCAUCAAGAAAGUUGGUUCUGUGGCCGGAACUCCCACCAAGGUCAUCAAGAGUAGUGGUCGUGCCGGAACCAAGGGGAGGACCAAGGGAAAGGGAAAGGGAGUCAAGGCAGAGGACGAAGGGGCCGAGGAUGAUGAUGAGACGGUGGUUGGAGUAAAGGGUGAGUAUUUGGAGCUGGGUCCGGAGGCUGAGAUUGGGUCGUUGAUGGGAGACGAGGACUACGAAGAUCCUUUCUAG